GCCCUACACAUUGUUACAACAUUUGGGAGGCGCACCGUGAUGUGGUAGAGCUUGAUUUGGCCUCCGUUAGCUGGACCAGAUUACAUCAAGCAUAAAUCGGCCUUAGUCACACGCGUAUGUUAACUCCGUAUUAACGUUGAGGUUUACAGUUUUAGCGGACUGUUCUUAGCGGAUUUACAAUCAUCGCGAAUUGAAUUAUGGGGCGUUUCAGGCCCGACGUGAACAUAAUUGUACACUCGCAAACUCCAUUAGAAACGAGGGCUCAGGGGCUUAAAUUGCAAACUUUCCAUGCUUGGCUAAUCAUUUGGACCGACGACAAAUAUGGCUGCGGCGAUUCCCCAAGGGCAUAUGACGAGGGUGUGUCUUUUAAGUGUUUGGACUGCAACCUAAGUAUUUGACAGUUCCAUAAGAAUUUAUGUCAGGAACUAAGAGGGGCAGCUAAAAUGGGUCCUUCGUUCUUACGUCCUCAGAUGCACUGACACAAAAAACGUGGGUUAUGUGAACGAUGAAGUAGUUGUGAAACAGCUAGCUAGCUAGCUAUACAAUACCAAAUUAUUAUCUUUUUGUAAUUGAUAAAGUAGCAUAACAUCAGUCGGGAAACUCGGCACCGUAGGGACACCUUGAAGGGCACAACACGUCAGUAGACACCACAUACCGAAGAAAUGUCCUCAGUCAAGGAGGAAGGUAAGGACCGUGUCAUCUUUGUGACUAAGGAGGACCAUGAAACACCGAGCAACGCUGAGCUGGUGGAGGAGGAUCCUGAUGACCCCUAUGAAGAACGAGGUCUGAUCCUGCCCAAUGGGGAGAUCAACUGGAACUGCCCCUGUCUGGGAGGGAUGGCCAGCGGUCCCUGUGGAGCAUCGUUUAAGGAGGCCUUCUCCUGUUUCCACUACAGCAAGGAGGAGGUGAAGGGCUCAGAGUGCCUGGAGCAAUUCAGGGGCAUGCAGGAGUGUAUGCAGAGAUACCCAGAACUCUACCCCCAGGAGGACGACAAGGAGACCCAGGGAGGGCCAUCUGAAACAGAUCCCUCCAAACAAGACUCUUCCCCUGAACCAACCUCUACCCCUACACUUGCAGCCCCUGUCCAAGACUCUAGCACUUCCACUGCCCCUGCUGACACCCCACCACCCUCAAACAGCUCAGCCUCAGGCUGAGCAUGAUUCACAACAAGCCCUUUCUAUGGAUGUGUUAAGGUGAUCCUUUUUGUAUCAAUUAUUUAAACUGAUAAAUGAACGUGUUGACUAUUCCCCCCCACUCUAACCCAGAUCGGGCUUUCCUCAUAGAAUAUAAGAGACUUGUAGAGGGAGAAGGGUAAGAAAAAAGAUGGGAUAACUUUACUCUAGGUGUGUGUAUAUUUCUCUCUUUUUGCUCCUUCAGGAAAAAACCAAGACCAUGUGCUGUGCUAUCCUUUGCCAUUACUCAUGUUCUGUUUUUGUAUUGAUUGUUCUCUUUACUAUAAAGUCCAUUAGUAAUUGCUUUUUGUAUUUUAAAAAUGUCAUUUCUA